AUGAGAGCACAAAUCAUGUCCGCAUCCGAAGACACUGUCGCCGCCGUCGCCGACAACAUAUCACUGAAUGGCCACCACUUGUGGUACGAAAAGUUCGGUUCGGGUCCCAAACCAUUGCUGUUAAUACCCGGGGGUUUAGGCACCGGACGGACAGACUUUUACGAACACCUAUUCGGCGAACACCGGCUCGAUAUGAGUGUCUAUACUGUGGUCGCACCCGAACUGCUCGGUUGGGGCCGAUCGCGACCGCCGGCCCGAGACAUGUCGCGCAACCGUUACAACAACGACGCCGACCAUUGCCUUCAACUAAUGCGGAGUCUGGGCUACGAAAGGUUCCCAGUGUUGGGCUGGUCAGAGGGGGCCAAAGUAGGUCUGGUGCUGGCGGCCAGACAUCCCGAGGCUGUUGUCUCGUUGGUGGCAUUGGCCGCAGCGGUAUUGCCCCGACUAGAUCUCGACCCACAGACAGCACUCAUGACCAAAACGUACGACAAGUUCCCUAUGGCUAUGGCUGAGCCCUAUCUGCGCGCCUACACAGAGCACGAGUUGCACCGUCUUUGGCGACAACACGUACUCUUUAGCGCCAAUUAUGGCCACAACUUUCCCGUCGGACCACUUAAUGGGCGCUACGACCGGAUUAAGUGUCCCUUUCUUAUCAUACACGGGGAUAAGGCAAACAAUUUUGGCGAACCGACACAAACAUCAGCCACAAAAAUAUACAGCGGUUCCGACGAUAUCAACGAUAAGUGCAUACAAUUAUGCCGACGCUAUUUGGCCGGCAUUUGGUUGACAGCGACCGGCGCUGACGUACGGGUGCGGCCCGUGUCUGGCGGACGCACUAAUCAUCUAUACUUAUGUCAACUGACAUCACCGGCGGCUCCGAUAGCCGGCGAUGCUUACGAUGAGCCGCAGCCCCGGGAAGUAAUUGUCAAAUACUACGGCUGGAAAUAUGAUUUUAAGAUCGGUCACCAGACCCAACCCCGAUUCACCGACCCGAUUGUGAUGUCCCUAACCUCUCACAACGGGUUAGGCCCUCAUGUGUACGGACUCGACCCCGACGGCGAAGUGCUCCGGUAUUAUAAGCACCGGAUCUUUGCUAAAAGUGACAUCAAUGACGAGCGAUUGAUGGCUGGGUUGGCCCGACAAUUGGCUAGAUUUCACGCCCUCAACGCACCGGUAGGUCGGGAUCGGGACUGGAUUUGCAAUUAUUUUGAGCAGUUUUUGACCGAAUCGGGCGAUAAAGUUAACGCUAUGCUGGAGACUGUGCUCCACGAGUACGGCUGUCAGCUCCGGGACCCGACCCUUAACUUGAAAGCGGAGAUUCAAUGGCUGAUUGACUGCAUCCGUGGCCAGUGGUCUGACGGACCGUUGGUUUUCUCGCACAACGGCCUUAAGUUCAAUAACAUUAUGGUCACCGACGAGGAGGGGGUGGAGGAGUUGGCACCGGGAGGGAAGGCAAUGAUAAUUGACUUUGAGUUCUCCACGUAUGGCAACCGUGGCUACGAUCUUGGUCAGUUUUUUAUGCCCACCGUAGAAAUAACCGCUGAUGAUAAAAUUGAGUUUACGGCCGAACCGGCAAUGAGACAAUUCAUCCAGGUCUAUCGCCAGAAGAGUGUCCAACUGUAUGGUUCCAAGUGGGCCACUAAGCCGUAUAAUACGGCAGAUUAUAUGCUGAAUCAGUUUAAUCUACCUCCCGAUACUCGCCGGGAAUUCCCGGAUCGCGAUAUUGUUAAACGCCUUUACAAUACAAAUGUUAAUCAAUUUUUGCCCCUUAAGCGCCAUUUUAUUGAGCAUGCCCACAUUCCCAGUGUAACGAUGGUAAGCCACGGUACAAUCAGAGAUUACCCUGGUGUUUCUAUAAGCGGGUGCGGAGUGGCACAUAUGGGCCACAAACUAGAAGAGGGGUGUUUCAGUUGGCACACCAGUAACAAGGCGUUGGCUAACGUACGCCGGGGUCGACCCGCGGCUCCCGGAGAGGUUCCGUGGAUUGUAUACAUUACGGGAACACAAAACGGAGUCAAUUUCUCAGCGUCCGGGACUAUAUUUAAUGAGCGCUGGAUUAUAACGGCCGGUCAAAAUACAUUUUGCGGGCUACGUUGCACCGUGGCCAACCUGCGCAUCUACCCUAGCGCGUUUAGCAGCAAACACUUGGAGCACACGCAGUAUUACGAGGCCAAGGAUACACACGUGCACCCCAUGUUUGAAACGUCCGACAAGGCUAACAAGGAAACUAACAACACUAAGUAUGACAUCGGGCUAAUCGAGCUGAACACGGCUAUGGUGUUUGACCAGGAAACCAUGACUCUGGCCAGACCCGUGUGUUUGCCCGAUAUGAACCAGAUCAAUCGUGACGGUCAGUACGCCUUGUUUGCUGGCUAUGGCAAUGUUGAUGGACUGCCCAUGGUCGGUUGGACCAAGAUUAAGCCUUUUAAACCGGGUAAGGGACGUACAAUAGUGGCAACGCGGUACCCAUCUCAAGCGGGCGAGUUCAAAUGCGAGGGUGACAAUGGCGGGCCAUUAAUCCAGUACAUUGACAAUGGUGUGGCAGUUUUGAUUGGCGUCUAUUCAGAAAACAUGGUGUAUAAAAACGGACAGUGUAUGCCUUUGAAGGACAAACACAAUAUGUCAUUCACUCGAGUAUCAAGGCAAAUUGAAUGGAUACUCAGAGUGGUCAGACGCAGGCUUAUUAAAGUUAGCAUGCGACAUUUAAAUGACACUACUAAUACUAAACAAAAUUAUUAA